AUGUUUUCUUCAAAGCUAGCUAUUGUUCUUCUUAUCGUUGCUUUUGUUGUGGCUUCUGCUCAAAAUAAUAAGGAAGGUGGACAACAAAAUGGUGGAGAGAACAAGAAUGGAGGAAAAGCAACAACUGCAUCGAAUGGUUCUGGAGGUGCUCCAAAUGGACAAGGAAAUCAAAAAAUAGCUGGAACUGAUGGAAACAGUGGGAAUGGAAAAUCUGGACAAUCUGGGCAAGGCGGACCUCAAAAGAGUAAUUAA